AUGGACUCCUCGGGGGGAAAGAAGCGGAAGUCCCGAUUUAGCGAUUCUCCUGGUACAGGUUUGUUUGUUGUUUGUAAAGCAGAAAAUGUUACAGAGACGCAAGACGCAAAGAGGAAGGCCCCUUUGGGGUCGGAGCCUAUCCCAGAAAAAGCGCCCACCGAAGAAACUGAACCAAGAACAAACCGCUGGACAAAUUUACCAUACUCAAAUCGCUAUUAUGAGAUUUUGGAGCAGCGGAAACGACUGCCAGCAUGGCAAGCUCGCAAAAAUUUCGUAAAGUUGGUCAAGAGGAACCAGAUUCUGAUCCUAGUUGGUGAAACUGGUAGUGGUAAGACCACACAAAUGUCACAGUUUGCCCUGGAAGCCGGAUUAUCUGGGUUUCGCACAAUUGGAAUCACACAGCCCAGAAGGGUUGCUGCAAUGUCCGUCGCUACUAGAGUUGCCCAGGAAAUGGACGUUGAACUCGGCCAAACAGUCGGUUAUUCCAUCAGAUUCGAGGAUAGAUGCUCAGACAAAACUCUACUAAAGUUCAUGACUGAUGGUAUGUUGCUGAAGGAAGCAAUGAGUGAUCCGCUCUUGUCACGGUAUGGGAUGAUUGUUUUGGAUGAAGCUCACGAACGAACAAUCGCAACCGAUGUAUUAUUCGGUCUCAUGAAGAACAUUUCAAAAAGAAGACCUGAUCUGAAAAUUGUUGUAAUGUCUGCCACUCUGGAGGCAAAGAAAUUUCAGGCUUACUUUGGUGGAUGUGAUGUUUUAAAAAUACCUGGAUCAAUGCAUCCCGUAGAGAUUUAUUACACGGCUGCUCCGGAACGUGAUUAUCUGGAAGCUGCUGUGCGUACCGUUGUCAAUAUACACAUUUCUGAACCAGAGGGUGAUAUCCUCUUGUUUUUGACGGGAGAAGAAGAGAUUGAAAAUGCAAAGAAAGCGAUAGAAGUUGCUCUGGCUAAAAAGGAUGUCCCAUGUUCAUAUCUAACAAUUUUGCCGCUUUAUUCAUCACUACCUCCCAGUCAACAACAGAAAGUUUUUGAACCUGUAGAUGGACGUAAAUGUGUAAUCGCAACAAACAUUGCAGAAACUUCUAUUACUAUUGAUGGAAUUGUUUAUGUAAUUGACCCUGGAUUUUCUAAACAGAAGGUUUAUAAUCCGAGAGCUCGCGUAGAAUCUCUGCUAGUAUCCCCAAUUUCAAAAGCCUCUGCGCAGCAACGUGCUGGAAGAGCGGGAAGAACAAAGCCAGGAAAAUGCUUCCGUUUGUAUACGGAGUCUGCAUUUAAUACGGAACUCAUUCAACAGUCAUUUCCAGAAAUAUUAAGAUCAAACAUUGCUAGUGUCGUGCUAAGUUUAAAAAAAUUGGGUAUUGAUGACCUUGUACACUUUGAUUUCAUGGAUCCUCCUGCUCCAGAAACUAUGAUGAGAGCCUUAGAAGAGCUGAACUACUUGGAAGCGCUGGACGAUGAAGGUGAACUAACUGAAAAGGGAACUCUCAUGGCAGAAUUUCCAAUUGAACCGCAGCUUUCUAAAGUUUUGGUUGAAUCUAAAAAGUAUUCUUGUUCCUCUGAGGUUGUGUCAAUAGUAGCAACAUUAUGUUCUCCUAAUAUAUUUUUGAGGCCCAAGGAUAGUGCAGAAUACGCCGAUUUAGCAAAGUCAAAAUUUUCUGCACCAGAAGGGGAUCACAUAACUUUAUUGAAUGUGUUUAACAGCUACUCUAAGAUCCAUGUUCAAGGAUUAAAUUAUGCACGGCAAUAUUGCCAAGAAAACUUUUUGAAUCCACGCUCACUUUCUGCUGCAUAUUCCGUUAAGGAGCAACUUGACAAAAUCAUGGUAAAGCAUGGUUUGAUGGGAACUUCAACCAAAGAUCGCAAUUUUGUACAAAUUAGAAAGGUUUUGCUCUGUGGAUUCUUCCAGCAGGUUGCUGUUAGGAGUUCGCGUGGACACUACUUGACCGUAAAGGACUCUCAAGUUGUAUCUUUACACCCUUCCAGUACGUUGCAGAAUGGUGUUCAGUGGGUUUUUUACCAUGAGUUUAUUCAUACCAGCAAGAACUUUAUUCGCACAGUAACUCAUAUUCAGGGUGAAUGGUUACUUGAUAUAGCCCCUCAUUAUUUUAAUUUGGAAGAAAUGCCACGUGGCGAAGCUAAAGAUGCUAUUAGGAGUCUCUUUAACUCGAAAGGGAUAUAUUGA